UUGUGGCGGGAAAAUGUCCGUACAGUCCCCCUAAACAGUAAACACACGCGUUGUAUAAAACCCUAACUUACUCCGAUCACAUCCUCGUCUGUCUCCUUCGUCAUUUGUAUGCAUAAACCCUCUAUCGCAUUCCAUUCUCAUCAAUAUUAACAGAUCUUCUUGUACUAGCACGUCUGGAUUCCCAAGUUGGCAUGUUUGUGGGAUAAAGGUUUGAUCCUUGCAGUUCUCAGAUUCCCUUAGAGUUUAGUUUCUGGUGAUAUGGCUGGCCCAUUUGAUGACGAGCUUGACCAGACUUUGACAAUCGAUGAGUAUAUCGAUAAGGUUGAAGCAGAGGAGUUGGAAGCGGAUUUAGUUUUAGGAGGAGAUGAAGGCAAGGAGUGUACCUAUGCCAUGGGUUAUAUGAAGAGACAGGCGAUUUUCUCAUGUGUGACAUGCACACCGGAUGGCAAUGCUGGAGUGUGCACUGCUUGCAGCUUGUCUUGUCAUGAUGGCCACGAGAUUGUGGAGCUGUGGACAAAGAGAAGAUUUCUCUGUGACUGUGGGAAUUCAAAAUUUGGGGAGUUUUCCUGCAAGCUUUUCGCAAAUAAGGAUGUGGAAAAUGCUCAGAAUUCUUAUAAUCACAACUUCAAAGGUCUAUACUGUACUUGUAAUCGACCCUACCCUGAUCCAGAUGUUGACGAACAAGUAGAGAUGAUACAAUGCUGUAUCUGUGAGAACUGGUUCCAUGAGGAGCAUCUUGGUCUUCAUUCUCCUGAUGAGAUUCCUAGAGAUGAAGAAGGAGAGCCGCUGUAUGAGGAUUUUAUAUGCAAGUCAUGUUCUGCCGCUUGUUCUUUUCUGAUGUUAUAUCCUCAAACCAUAUGGGCGAAGGGAGAGCAACAUGAUGCUGCUGCCAAUGAGGCCACUUCCAGUACUAGUAAGGGGAAAAAUGUAUUGGAGGAUGUCUCGUCAGCUGAGGAAUCUAGGAAGCUUGAGAAAGAUCAUGGUUUGUAUAGUUCUCCUAAUAGCAAUAAUCUUAUAGGUGGGUCUGAGCUUGGAUCUGCUGGCAAGGAGGUUGUUAUUGGUGAAAGCUCUAAGGUCAUUGAUUCAAACCAAUGCACAAAGAACGCUACUCCAAGUGGUACUUGUCUUCUUGGAGUUGAUGUGGCAGUUGUUUGCCCUGUUUCUGAAAUUAAACCAUUUUUUCUCUCAAAAAACUGGAGGGAGUCCCUCUGCAGAUGUGAAACGUGUGUUGAUAUGUACAACCAAAGGUGUAUUGGUUAUCUGCUUGACAAGGAGGACUCAAUAGUGGAGUAUGAAAAAACGGCAACACAGAAGAGGGAAGAGAAGUUGCAGCAACGGGAGGGUGAUGAGGUUAAUUUCUUUAACAAACUUGGUCAUGUGGAGAAAAUGGAGAUCCUGAGCGGCAUUGCAGACUUCAAGGACGAGUUUCGUUCUUUCGUGGAGAAUUUUGACUCAUCGAAGCCCAUCACCUCUGAUGAUGUUCUCCAGAUUUUCGAGAAUCUAAGAAAGAAGCGCCAGCGCUUGCAAUGAGUUUCUAUUGCAUCUUUACUACAAUUGCACUGCAUUUGUUUAAAAUAAGCUUCCUGUGGCGGGGUUGAUGCUUUGUCUAAAAAUGGUAGAACUUUUAAACACUUGCGAAGCUUUUGGCUGUUUUUAAGUUGCAACUUGAUACUCCUCACUGGUAUGAUCGACGGUUUUCUAGAGUUUUUCGUAAUCUAACUUCCGCAGACUUAACUUGGGGAUUCUCCUACUUAUCUACUGGUGGUCCAUUAUUCCUAUGGUUAGUUGAUUUA